GCGUAAGAAGCAGAACCGCAUCGCCCAGAUGGAGGAGUCCGCCGCCGCCGGCAAGACCCUCAACCAGGAGCAGAAGGAGGUGCUGCGCUCCAAGCCCAUCGUCGUCACGCUCAUCGACGAGCUCGACCGCCUCCGCGCCCCGCUCUCCGCCGCCCUCACCGAGGAGCUCUCCACCGUCCCCGCCCCCGCCGCCCCGGCCCCGACCCCCGCCGCAGAUUCGUCCGUCCAGGACCUCUUCACGCUCGUCUACUUCGGCUCCCUCUUCGACGUCAAGCCGCAGAGCGAGUUCCUCGCCACCAUGGUCGCCCGCGAGCACGAGCAGGGGAUUAGGCGGAGGUGA